CGCUCCCAAUCCUCCCUCCCCAGCACACAGUGGCAGUCAGUUAAUACGUCCUCCUUUUUUGCAUUGAACUGGAUUUGUAAUUUUUGUAUGGAACGCGUGUACUAUAUGCAUAUAUAAUUAUAGACUACAGUAUAUGUCAAUACUGUAAAGUAUAUUUUUUCAAGACUACAGUUCACAUAAAGACUUAAAUAUGAUGUCGUGACAAAUAAUACGUGUUUCUUUGUCCCGAGAGAAGACGAGGAGGGAGAAGAAGAGAGAGCAGCGCGCUGGGCCGAGAUGGGGGCUCGCGGAGAGAGGGCCCUCCUGGCUCUGCUGGUGAUGGUGUGCGUGGUCCCGUCGGCGCCUGUGCUGACAGCUGAAACCGUUAACAUCCUUGAAGUUCUUGGAAUGUCCUCCCUCCCGUCUGGAGUCACCAAGUCUGCGGGAGCUUGCGGUGGCUCGGCGGGCGACACACCAGCGUUCCACGUGAGCAGGGAGGCCCAACUGAGCGUGCCCACCUCACAACUAUACCCAGGUGGAAAGUUUCCGCGCGACUUCUCAAUUCUGACAACGCUGCGCACGCGUCCGAGCCUGCGGGCCUUCCUGCUGGCGAUGUACAGCUCCAGCUCGGUUCAGCAGCUGGGCCUGGAAGUGGGGCCCUCUCCUGCCCUCCUCUAUGAGGAUCAAUCUGGGAGGCCUCCUCCUGAAGAUCAGCCCACUUUCCAGGAAGGACCCCUUAUCAAUGAUGGAAAGUGGCACAGGGUGGCAUUCUCCGUGGAGGGGAAACGCGUGUCUCUCUACGUGGACUGCAAACUCGUGGGAACCCAGAGAUUGGGCCGUGGCUCUUCCCCCCGACUGGACACGCGUGGUAUCAUGGUGUUCGGAACACGCAUACUCGACGAUGAUGUUUACGAGGGAGACAUCCAACAGUUGCUGAUUGUGUCAGACCCAAUGGCCGCGAAGGACCAAUGCACGCACUUCUCUCCGCUGUGCCCCUCGACGCAACCCAAUUCCAAGCCACACUCGCUGCAGGCGCAGGAGCCAGAGUACUCUGCAGAGGAAUUCGCUUACGAAGACUAUGACUACAACCCCGAGACUGACACCCCUACAGACGCAGCAAGGCCAACGGCUCAAACCGACAGCGGCGACCAGAUAGAUCUAGACACCGAGGGCCAGUACGGCGAAGGGGGACUUGGUACUGAAGACGAGGUGGAUGCUUCAAACCAGGUGGAUGCAGCUUCGACAAGCAACACAAACACGGCAGGGAGGAUGGAUGGGGAGCCCGAGGCACCGUACUCAGUUGACGGAGAAGAUGAUCUUGAUGUUACCAGAGUCAUCGCCAAGCCAUCACACAACCAGUCACUUGAUAGCAAUGACAUCACACACUCAGACGACGCCAGGCCUGAAGAGGAGGACUCAUUUUCCGAGGAGUACACUGGCACCGAUUGGGAGAAAACGCUCGAAGGCGAUCGAGAUGCCGACUAUGGCACCACCAGGAAGAACGACAGGGCUGAUCAUGGCGACGAUGAUCUCGAUGGCACCGAUUAUGGGAAGCACAAGACGUCACCUCCAAACCAGGAUUAUGACUAUGACUAUGGCCUCGGCGAGGCCAUCCCCAGUGAAGGUCCGCAGGCCGCUAAAAACAGCUGGGAGGCAGCGGCGCGUGUAUCGGGAGAUUUCGGAGAGAAGGGACAGAAGGGAGAGCCGGCAGUCGUGGAGCCGGGGAUGCUCAUUGAAGGACCACCAGGGUUUGAUGGCCCCCCAGGAUAUCCAGGCCCUCCUGGACCUGUUGGGCCUGCAGGACCUUCAGGAGACAAUGGUGAUCGGGGCCCCUCAGGGCGUCCGGGCCUCCCUGGUGCUGACGGCCUGCCUGGGCCGCCUGGAACCAUGCUCAUGUUGCCGUUCCGAUUUGGAGGAGACCAGGAGAAGGGACCUGUCUCAUCGCCACAAGAGACUCAAGCCCAAGCCAUCUUGCAGCAGGCCAGACUCGCUAUGAGGGGCCCGCCGGGGCCUCUGGGAUUAACGGGACGGCCUGGUCCUGUGGGAUUACCUGGCAACUCUGGGAUGAAAGGAGACGGAGGAGAUAUGGGGCCUCAGGGUCCAAGGGGCAUUCAGGGACCAAUGGGUCCUCCAGGAAAGUCAGGAAAGCGGGGCCGGUCAGGUGCUGAUGGAGGUAGAGGAUUGCCAGGAGAACUUGGCUCCAAGGGGGACCGAGGGUUUGACGGAUUGCCGGGUCUGUCGGGUGAGAAAGGAAACCGAGGCGAUCCAGGACCCCAGGGACCUGCCGGAGCUGCUGGGGAGACCGGCGAGAGGGGGAAAGAUGGCGAGAUUGGUCCCCGAGGACUGGCAGGAGACCCGGGUGAGCGUGGGUUGCUGGGCCCUCGGGGACCUCCUGGGCUACCAGGAUCACCGGGUGCCAGGGGUUUAGAUGGACCAUCUGGACCUAAGGGCAACAUGGGCCCACAAGGAGAGUCCGGUCCUUCAGGCCAGCAAGGCAAUCCUGGCUCCCAGGGUUUACCUGGGCCUCAAGGGCCCAUAGGUCCACCUGGUGAAAAGGGUCCAGCAGGAAAGGUUGGCAUUCAGGGCCUUUCUGGAUCUGACGGACCCCCGGGACAUCCUGGGAAAGAAGGCCCACCAGGGGAGAAAGGGGCACAGGGACCUGCAGGUGCUCAGGGUCCUGUGGGCUACCCAGGACCACGUGGCGUCAAGGGAACAGAAGGGGUUCGUGGUCUUAAGGGGAAUAAAGGUGAAAAGGGUGAAGAUGGCUUCCCAGGAUUCAAAGGCGAUAUGGGAGUGAAGGGUGACCGGGGCGAGGGCGGCCCUGCAGGAGUAAGGGGAGAGGAUGGACCAGAGGGGCCCAAGGGGCGCGCAGGCCCUCCUGGUGACCAGGGUCCAGCUGGCGUGGCAGGAGAAAAGGGCAAGCUGGGAGUCCCAGGACUACCUGGGUAUCCAGGGCGUCAAGGACCCAAGGGCUCCACGGGUUUCCCAGGUUUUGCCGGAGCAAAUGGCGAGAAGGGUGCACGAGGCUCACAUGGAAAACCUGGACCCAGGGGACAAAGGGGACCCACUGGUCCACGUGGGGAGAGGGGACAAAGAGGACCCACAGGCAAGCCAGGAGCCAAGGGAUCGUCUGGAAAUGAUGGCCCACCCGGGCCUCUCGGAGAGCGGGGUCCUGAUGGAGCUCAAGGUCCUCUGGGGCCCCCUGGACCUAAAGGCCCCCCUGGUCCAGCUGGAAAAGAUGGAUUGCCCGGACACCCAGGCCAGCGUGGAGAAACGGGAUUUCAAGGCAAGACAGGACCCCCGGGCCCCGCGGGAGUCAUCGGGCCCCAGGGCUCCACUGGUGAAACGGGUCCCAAUGGAGAAAGAGGCCACCCAGGGCCACCAGGGCCCCCGGGGGAGCAGGGCCUGCCAGGCUCGGCUGGAAAAGAGGGCGCGAAGGGAGACCCUGGGUUGGUUGGCAUUGCUGGAAAGGCUGGGCCACCUGGCGUUCGAGGAUUUGCUGGAGAUCGGGGUAUCCCUGGAGCUUCUGGCCCUGCAGGCCUGAAGGGAAAUGAAGGCCCUCAGGGACCACCAGGACCUCUGGGCUCCCCGGGCGAGCGUGGCCCGGCAGGCGUGGCCGGACAGAUUGGCCUUCCAGGACGACCUGGCCCGCAGGGUCCUUCUGGGCCUGCUGGGGAAAAGGGAGCACCAGGUGAGAAGGGCGUCAUGGGGCCUGCUGGGAGAGAUGGCAUCCAAGGCCCUGUCGGGUUACCAGGCCCAGCGGGACCUGCUGGACCCCCGGGAGAGGAUGGAGACAAGGGUGAGAUUGGGGGACCGGGACAAAAAGGGAGCAAAGGAGACAAGGGGGAAUCGGGCCCUCCUGGACCUGCAGGUCCUCAGGGAGUGGUGGGACAGCCUGGCCCAGCGGGAGCGGAUGGAGAGGCUGGUCCAAGAGGACAGCAGGGCAUGUUUGGCCAGAAGGGCGAUGAGGGACAUCGAGGCUUCAAUGGGCUCCCAGGACCAACGGGCUUGCAGGGUCUCCCAGGGCCGCCGGGUGAAAAGGGUGAAUCUGGAGAUGUUGGACCAAUGGGCCCACCUGGUCCUCCGGGACCAAGGGGACCUCAAGGGCCCAGUGGCGCUGAUGGCCCCCCUGGACCGCUUGGUGGCCUGGGAACUCACGGAGCCACAGGAGAGAAGGGAGAAGCAGGGGAAGCUGGUAAUCCUGGAACCCCGGGAGAGCCUGGCGGAACGGGCGGCAAAGGCGAACGAGGGGAAAAGGGCGAAGCCGGGUCACCGGGCGUCGCUGGGCCUCCUGGCCUGAAGGGGCCUCCGGGAGAUGACGGGCCCAAGGGCAACCUGGGCCCGGUUGGAUUCCCAGGAGAUCCGGGACCCCCUGGGGAGCCUGGCGUGGCUGGUAUUGACGGAGGACCCGGAGAGAAAGGAGACAACGGAGACCCAGGCGCCGCAGGUCCACCAGGGCCAUCUGGAGAGGCUGGUCCCCCGGGGCCUCCUGGCAAGCGGGGGCUACCAGGAGCAGUUGGAUCCGAGGGAAAGCAAGGAGAGAAGGGCGCAAAGGGGGAGGGUGGUGCGGAAGGCCCUCCAGGCAAGACAGGACCUGUGGGGAAUCAAGGCCCACCAGGAAAGGCCGGGCCUGAAGGACUGCGGGGAAUACCAGGCCCAGCGGGAGAUCAAGGAUCCCCAGGUCCAUCUGGGCAGAAGGGACCUCCAGGUCCUAUGGGUCCACCGGGGCUGCCCGGACUAAAGGGGGAUCUUGGAAUUAAAGGAGAAAAGGGACACCCUGGGCUGAUCGGGUUGAUCGGACCUCCCGGAGAGCAGGGAGAGAAGGGAGACCGCGGCCUCCCCGGGACCCAAGGAUCACCCGGCAACAAGGGCGACACGGGUAUCAAAGGCCCCGGUGGCCCGCAGGGCCCUCCUGGGCCUCCUGGCCUCGCUGGACCCCAAGGCCCAAAAGGAAAUAAAGGAUCAACGGGCCCCGCCGGGACAAGAGGAGACAUGGGCCCCACAGGAUUGCCCGGACCCCCGGGUCCUCCAGGUGAGGUGGUCCACCCACUCCCCAUGCAGUCUGCAAAGAAGGCGCGGCGAGCUGUCCAGGAGCAAGACGAGGACCCCCAGAGCUACAUGGAUUACACCGACGGGAUGGAGGAGAUAUUCGGCUCUCUCAACUCUCUGAAGGUUGAAAUUGAACAGAUGAAGCAACCAUCCGGAACACAGGAAAACCCCGCACGAACGUGCCGAGACCUGCUCAUGUGCCACCCUGACAUGCCCAACGGAGAGUACUACAUUGACCCUAACCAAGGCUGCUCACGCGAUUCAUUCAAGGUGUUCUGUAAUUUCACGGCUGGAGGGGAGACAUGUAUUCAACCAGAUGUCAAGUCGGCAAGGGUAAAGAUGUCGACCUGGGCAAAGGAGAAACCAGGAGGCUGGUACAGCAACUUCAAGGGAGGAAAAGAGUUUUCGUACGUCGACGCAGAAGGCUCUCCCCUCGGUGUGGUUCAGCUGAAGUUCCUCCGGUUGCUCAGCGCCCAGGCUCGCCAGUCACUCACGUAUUUAUGCCAGAGCUCUCUGAGCAGCAUUCGUAUGCGUGGAGCUGAUGAGUCCGAGAUUCUGAAAUCGGGCGCCGCGACAGAAGCCACGGCGGCUGGAGAUGCUCACGGUGCGACUGGACCACCAGCCGCAGCAGACGUCGUGUUCGACAGUUGUACGGGAAGGGGUGCCGGUCGCGCAGAGCUUCUCAUCACGACUCCCAGAGUGAACCAGCUCCCAGUGAUGGAUGUCUCCGCGACAGAUUUUGGGAAAAGUGAUCAGCGAUUUGGAUUUGAACUUGGCCCGGUUUGCUUUAAGGGCUAACUAAAAAAAAGGUGACAAUACUGACACUACACACAUUAAACAUUUCUGUCACGUCACGCGCACACGCUAAGCAAUGAUAUCUCCACGGUCGUCAUUUACGCACGACGUGCACCAACAUGCUCACGUAACAUUGGUUUUGCAUCACGUGUGUACAUAACUGGAAGGUACCUUGCGGCAACCCACCUCAACCUAAUCAGAUCAAGACUUAGUCCAAUGAGCCAUGAUUUGGAACGAGAAGCGCGUGUUAUAAAGUACCCACGCACCACACCAGGAUGCAUACGCAAGAACGCAUGAACAUUGACACUCGCAUUCGAGAAAACACCUGGGCACGGUAAACAUGCUCAUGUCUGUGGUGCACACCGACGUUUUAGAAAAUAAACCACACAGACCACCUAUGUACAUUCACCUCCCCACCCAGGUGCAUACAUGCAAUCUUACAUUCAUAGCCCGUACCGAUGAAUAUGUGUAGUUUAAAUGUGCACAAAUGUAUAUAAGCGUAUGUAAGUGUGGUUUAUCAGACAAUAUAGAUGGAAACUCAAAACAGACAUGUGCUUGCAUACACGACCCAGUGAAUCCCAGAGGGUAUAAGCUACGGACAGCCCGUCAUCUCAAUCGUACGCCGUUGCUUCAGCGACUUCCCCGAUUGGCGCAUUGUGCACGUAGUGGCCAUGCGGAGGCAGUGUCGGAGAUGUCACGGCACCAACGCUGCAGUCUCCUACAACACAGUGAACGUUCAUAAUCCACAACACCCACGCAGUAGGCAAUCGCGACACACUGAGAGCCUCCUCUGAGAUUAUUUAUUUUGACUUGCUGCACGUGAUUUGCAAUUGUGGUAGAUGGCAAGAAAGAUGCUGCCUUGGGACACUGCCACGCUCGGGAUGCACGCCACACUACCCUUAACUUCCAGACAUUGUUUUCUGAAUCGCAUUUUAUUUGCAAUAGCAUUCAGAACCUAUAAUAAGUUAAAGGCUUCCAUACAUUUCCACGAUUAAACAUUAGCUCUCCCACUGCAUUUUGCGCAAGGUUCAUAUUGAUGCAUUCUAGCUUGUGCUGAAUCAAGUUCGUUCUCCUUCAAUGAUAGUAAAUGUAAAUUAAAACUUUGUAAAACAUAGCACUAGCUUUGAAACAGCACCUUGAUUCAUAAGUAUGUUGGUGCCACGCACAGUGUGAACAAAGGGACAUAAACAUGUGAGUUCCGGUCAAUAUUUUGCAUUGAGCCUGGGUUAAAAUGAAUGUUUUAAAUGUUUUAUGCCCCAACAUUUGUUAUGGAGUGGCUGUUUUGAUUAAGAAAAGAAACGCCUCAACAAUAAGUGAACCUUAUAAGUAGCAAGUUCAAAACUCGUUUAGCUGGUGGUCACAUCUGAAGUGUCCGAUAAAUGUUAUGGUUUGGCAUGCAUAGCACGACAAUCGAAUCGUGUUUAAGCACAGCUCUAACAGUCUCUUAAUCUCGUUCAUUACAUUUUAUGACGAUAUUUUACAACUCGACUCGUUCGUUAAAAUGUGAUAUGGCUCUAUGUGUAAUGUAUUGGUAACAAAUUCAUCUUUCACUGCUGAAUCACUUUUACGAAAGCCUUAUUGACUAAGAGACUGUCUUUGGCAGUAAAGUGCUCGUGAUGGUUAUUACUCAACUCUUGUACGGCCAUUUUUGUGCCAGCAUUACGCAUCACUCAAGACUAUCAUUACGAGUGCAUGAGGGAUAACACUUGACUGGAAUACAUCACUCCAAUCUGUGUAGAAUCCCAUCUUUAGCCCUGUUGCUUUUGGAAACAAAAUUGCCCUAUCUAAUAUCAUUCACCUACAGAGUCAAUCUUAACACGAAGUUAUGGUCACUGAAACUGCGCAACAGCUUAAGUGAAUUGCGAGCGAUCCCAAUGUAAUUCUGAAGGCCUGUCAGUGAUCCUUCUAAGUAGGCAUGGGUUUACAUGUUAACUGGUACACUCUAAAUGGACAGGCAAACAAAUAAUGAUCACCUCCAUUGACACUGUCUUAUGAACCGAGACAUAUAUACACUUUGGGCAAUGACUCCACAUUCCGAGCAAGAAAAGAAAAUGCAAGGUCAUGUUCAAGUUUGUUUUUGUUUAACCAGGUCAGAAGUCAAGAGUCCAGGAUAGAAGAGCCUUAUUUUCAAGAGUGACCUGGGUCACCAAUGACAAGAGCAAUACCAUUCAAGCAAAGUACAUCGUUAAGCCAAUACUGUAAAGUCAGAGCAAAAACAAUUGCAUGUAAAAUCAGACAAAAAACAACUACAUGUGAAAUAGGAGAAAAAACAACCGAUGAUUGAAAUGGUUAAAUAGUUUAGCUCCUAUUACCUGAACAGUGUCUCAAUCGAACCAGCCACUCGGACUCAAGUGAAUCCAGAGUGGAAUACAUCCAUGACUUGCCUGCACACUGAAUGAGACUCACUGGCAUUCACGAGAACCCAUCUCAGUAGAAUUUAACGAGCAUCUGUUAAAUAAAAUUGCAGUCGGAUUUUUCUGUUAACUUUCAGUUACGUUUGUCUCCCGACAUUUAAACGUUGGCUACUGUUUGCUUUGAAAUUGGAAGGGCAUUUGUAUUGCAGCUCCAUUCAAAUCAUGGCAGUUUUUAUUGCAUCCUUGUUCACAACAAGGUACAAACUGACAUCGGAAUGUGCAUUGUUUGUGUAUAAGGGGCAACAUCAAACGCCGUAGUCUCCCCGUGCUCAAGUACGCAUUGAGCAGUGCUCAUUUCAUUUGGCGAUUUCUGAGCCAAAACGAUGGGAAUUCUAUAGUCCUCUGGCGAGGAGCUGUCUCUGUACUAAGCGGUGGUGCCGACCUAGUGGUGCUCGUUUAAUCAACGCACUGGGGAUGUGAGUCAGUUCAAAUCGCAGUCUUAAUAUUGGGAACAAUGAACGCUGACCCAACCGAGUGUGACUCUUUUAACACCUUUUCAUGAGGCAAUGCUGUGACGGUGAUACUGUUCCUCGCCUGUACAUACGCUCACUGUGAGAUUGUACAUGCACACGUGUGUCGUAUGAUUAAACAUAUUAAUUUCUUCACUCGCUGUGGAAACGAAAUGGCUACAUCGCGAUGGGAUGGAUUUUCUGUGAAAAAGUCACUUUUUCUCCAUGUGGGGCCAGCACAGGGAAAUAAUUAAAUAUGUUGUAUUCUCAUCAACAUAAAGUUAUAUGUUUUGAAAUGUGAUAUGCGUGGUUGCCAAGGCAAUACAAUUGAACAAAUAUAUUAUUUCCUCCAGAAAAGGUCCAAGACCCCUCUGACUACUGUGGAUAUCAUGUUAUCAUUCCUCACGGUUAUUAAGAGCGACAUCUCUCCACACAUGACAAUGAAAAACUACAGGCCUGAACAGAAAUCCCGUGACAACUGUGGUGGAUUGGAAGACUCUUGGAUUUUUAAAAGUGUUUUUAACGGUCAUAGUUUCAUGCACACACACAUACACACGCACGCACACACUCUCGUUAUAUAUAUUUAAGUGUAAUAUUCAAGGGCGAGUGAAUUAUGAGCGAUAGAUCAUUAAGCAUGUCAAUCGGCUAUGACGCUACUUUUGUCUUAAGUGAAAACAAAUUAAAAGAAAAUUGUGCACAAGCUCGAAGAGACAUCGGCCCCUUGUCAAGAGAUAUUUACUUGAUGGCGUGGCGGAGAUAAUGGCUACAAGGACAUUAGUGACGGCUCUAACAUGGCAAUGUUAUGUGCAGUUCCGUGACAUGUCCUCGCACGCAUCACUAGUAUGUUACAGGCAUGUUUUUGCAAUUUAAAUUCUUUUUAAAAGAGCUGUGUAUACUUUGUAUAUUUUUACUUUGGCGCUUUGUAAUGUCUGACAAUGCAUCGCUGUUAUUACAGAUCAUUACUGGAUUUGUAUACCGUAGAAUACGUCCCAUUGUCUCCUCAUGAAUCGACGAUUCUAUUUCCCAUUUUAGCCAGGAGAAAUGUACCAUGUUUUGUCACUUCAAAUGAAACGGCCCGCAGUGUGUGUCUGCCAAGCUGCCCGUCCAGACAAGUCACGUGGUGAACCGCGCGCGUGAGUGCGCUGCUCGGCUCCGCACCGGCCGCGUGGUCGAGUUGGUGGUGCUCGUUUCAGUUUGGCGAUUGGCUGUGAACACACACUUUACAAAAGACCCGGUUCAUGGGGGCAGGAGUCAAUAUGUUGCAUUAUGCUUGUAAACAAGUAAAUGUAGAAACACCCAUUCAACAACUAGUAUUGAUAUAGUAAUGGAUAUGCAAUGUGCUAAUGCAUGUUUGAUAUUGGUGCUCUGCUUUGAAUUGAAGAUCAUGGUUCACUAAAGAAUAAAUGUUUUUAAAACACACUCUAGCACACAAAACUUGAAUAUACAUAUUUGAAAUUAUGUAUACAUCUAUAGUCGUACAUUUUUUUGUUUACCUCAAUAUUUACACGGUUUAUGACAAAUUAACUGAAAUGAAAAUAAGUUUUAAGGUUGGCUGGCGUGACACAUUUAAUAAGAACAAAUUGUCAUAAUGCAAGGCAGGGUUUUUAUUACAUCUUAAUCUGAUCUGCACUUGUUCUCGGCGUAUUUCACAAUUUACGCUUAUGCACGAGGAACUUGGGUGCCAAUGAUCUGGAAGAGGUAAUAAUUGCUCCUCAGCCGACCGUGUUCAGGGGGACAGAAUGAAGCGUAGGUGCUAUAAAAGUAUACACUGCUCUUAAAAAAAAUGAAAAGGCAGGAUUCCUGCCGUUGAGAAAAUAUGCAAAAACGGCACACGUUUCACGGCGUGGGAGAAAGUGAAUCUAUUAUUAUUGUUGUUUAUACAAUGAAAUUACAAAGUGUUGAAUUUAACCAUUGCCUGUACUAAUGUAUGUUUGUUUUUAUGUUAAUGUUUUGAAAAUGUUUAUUGGAAAAUAAAGUUUUUCUGGUUA